AUGGAGUUCUUGAUUAAAUUUGCGCAGGCGCAUGAGACCUUUCGAGUGCCCGAAAUCGAGGCACUGGCCCUGGUUGAGGGCCUGGAAAUGAAAAUAGUCGACUAUAGUCAAGACUCCCCCUUUUGUGUCGUACAGCUGGCUUCGGUCGAAGCCGCCCAACGCCUGACCAAGAGAUCCAUCCUCAUUCAGUCUAUACAUGAGCUCUGGGGCAAAGGAAGUACACUGGACGAACUCCACGAAUCGGUCAAGACAAACACAUCCCACGUCUGGGAUAGCUAUCUCGGAAGGUCAUUCAAGUUUGAUGUUGAUCCCUAUCAAGGGACUCGCUCUGCGAAGAAGCGAAUCGAGCUCAUCAACUCCUUCCGAUUUCUGGGGUGGACUGGGCCUGUAAAGAUGUCUAAUCCAGACAACCUAUUCACCAUAUUCGAGAUGUGGCCGUACGACAGCGUACCCCUAAACGUCCCAGAUCCCACGACCAUGUAUCUUGCCCGCCAUGUUGGCAACUCCUCGCGGGACAUUCUGGUUCGAUUUGACUUAAAGAAGAGGGGCUACAUUUCAACAACAAGCAUGGAUUCAGAGCUCGCGCUGGUCACGGCCAACAUUGCCCUAGCUGCUCCUGGCAAGCUGUUCUACGACCCAUUCGUUGGGACAGGCUCCUUUCCUAUUGCGUGCGCUCACUUCGGUGCUCUCGCUUUUGGAAGCGACAUCGACGGGCGUAGCAUCCGCGGCGAGGGUGGGAAAAAGAGUCUUAAAGGGAAUUUCGACCAAUAUGGCAUAGGCUCUUGCUUGGGAGAUGUGUUUUCUGCCGACUUGACCAACACCCCCAUUAGGCGGCAUCGCAGGACCUGGGAUGGAAUCGUUUGCGAUCCGCCCUAUGGUGUACGAGAAGGAUUGAGGGUGCUUGGUCUUCGCGAUCCCGAAAAGACACCAUGGCUAAUAGAGCAAGGCAAGCAACAUGGAAUGAAACCAACCUACGUGCCGCCCAAAAAGCCCUAUAGUUUUAUGGUAAUGCUCGAUGAUAUUCUUGACUUUGCAGCCAAUACUCUCGUUGACGAUGGACGGCUGUCAUUCUGGAUGCCAACUGCCAACGAUGAAAACCAGGAAAUCCCGACACCCACGCAUCCCCUCAUGGAGGUGGUCGUGGUUUGUACUCAGUCCUUCAAUAAGUGGUCAAGGAGACUAAUCACUUAUCGUCGACUCCCCGACUCACAAGUGUCACAAUCAGCCCUCGAGACCUAUGCAAACCGACAAAAACUCAAGUUGGAGGGGACAUCAGCAGACGAGCUCAACCCAUUUCGGCGCGGAUAUUUCAAAAAGUUCGAGGCAGAUGAAUAA